GUUUACAGUGAACAUUAAUGUUUUUGUGGUAAAGGGUUACGGCCCUGCGAUGGAGUAAACCAGUCCUCCUCCAUGGAGAAAAGAGAUGAAGAAGAAGUGGUAAACGUCGAGAAAAGAAAUGUAAAAAAGUGGAAAGGAUGAAAGAGUAAGAAUGAAAAAAAAAAUGUAAAAGAGUGAAAUAGAAAGUGGUCCGUCCGGUGCAACAACCUACAGUCUGUGUGACGUUUUAAAGUACACAUGCCGCGUGUUGUCUGUAUACAUUUUUCUCAGUGGUUCCUCUUCUUUGGUCCAAGUGUUUUGCCUAUAGUUGGUGCUUGGGGGAUUGGACCCUCUUGCUGGCUCGGCACCGAUUGCUGCUCGCAUUUCUCGUGCGGUUGUCUACUCGGAAAGUAUCCUCGGGGUAUUGUCGAAAAAAAAAAGAAAAAAUCAUUUAGGCCAUUCCGACAUUUAUCCCGAAAAUGGCGAAACUUUUGGCACUUCUGGUGAUCGCAUUGGUCUGCGUCUUUGUCAACGUUCAGAGUCAAGAGACUAACACAAAACCGGUAUUUGGACAAGCAUUUGACGAAAUUGUUGUAUCAUCGGACUUGAAUGUCAGGAGAAAAUCCAAGGAAAAUCGUCAGGGCAAAAAAUUACUGACGAACGUGCCGUCAGGAACUACAGGUCCGCCUGGUAAACCAACUGAAAUUGCAUCGAGGCUUGUAUCCAGUGAUGGAAGUCGUAUUGAAUUGGAGAAACGAAAGCGGAGAAACAUUACAAAGAAAAGAUGGCAAGAUCUCGGUUCCGCUGGAUACCUGCUGAAAUAUCGUAAACGUUGAUACCAACAAUAAUUCGAAAUUGAACUGAGCACGUUUUGCGAGGACAACCGCACGACACUCACCACCUCAUCUGUGAUCACACAUUUCGGCCCUGCUUUUGGACUUCGGCUGUUAUAAAAAGGAUAAUAAAAAUUUUCAGUCACACAAAA